CUCUCAAUCUUUCUAUCCCUCGUGUUCAAUCUCCAAUAUGCCGCCCCGCACCACCGCUCACCACUCAAUCUCCAAUCCGCCGCACCGCACCAUCGCUCACCGCUCUCACACUUUCUCCUCGUCGCAAAGGUUUUGAGCUUUUAGCAGGUUGUUGAAAAUAUGGCCAAGCAUCAUCCUGAUUUGAUCAUGUGUCGUAAGCAACCAGGAAUAGCCAUUGGACGAUUGUGUGAGAAAUGUGAUGGCAAGUGUGUGAUAUGUGACUCAUAUGUGCGUCCGUGUACCCUUGUCCGUUUCUGUGAUGAAUGCAACUACGGAUCGUUUCAAGGUCGGUGUGUUAUAUGCGGAGGAGUAGGAAUAUCUGAUGCAUACUAUUGCAAGGAAUGCACACAGCAGGAGAAAGAUAGGGAUGGUUGCCCCAAAAUUGUAAAUUUAGGGAGUGCCAAGACUGAUUUGUUCUAUGAACGGAAAAAGUACGGUUUUAAGAAAAGGUGAUAAUGAGGAUGGAUUCAACAUUUGUAUCUCUGUCAAACUUUUUACUCAUGUAUGUUUUGCUCGGUUAUCAGUACAAUGAGAACAUGUGCAUCUAGGUUGUUUAUGUGAUAUGAUUGGUGGCAACUUAAGUGCACGACUGGUUAACCAAUGAGUAGUGAUCAUAUCAUAUGAAUGGCAGUAAUGAUUAAUGAAGUACCAACUUAAACUACAAUAAAUUCAUUGCUAUUUUGUUUAAA